GCUUUACGAUUGUUCUGGCACGCACGCCGCCGCGGCGGAGCCGGCAUUCUCCUUCUCCUCCACGCCUUCCUCUCGGAGAUUUGGAGCGGCACGAACCCUGGCCUCGCGGUUGUUGUGGGCGACGCUCUCUGGCUGCUCGCCCUGAUGGCCCUCAUCACGGUGGAGGUGCUGAUGCGGGCGCGGGCGGCCGUCGACGCUUGCCUCGCUAGGGGCUGGGCCGCGGCAGCCAGGAUUGACGCGCGCCAGUUCCGGAGCCGCAUCCGGAUGUACGGCCGAGCAGCGGCCUACCUCGGACUGAGCCUCGCCGUCGCCGCCUCCGUGGGUGCGAUGGCGGCAGGCCUGGUCCACGCCCAGGCUUGCGCAGCAGCGCCUGUUCCGUCAGCUGCCCCGGCCGCCUGGGCCAUCAGCUGGAGCGCCCUGGAAUUCGACGCGACUCUUGGCUAUCCCGGCGAGGGCCCUCCAGCUGCGGGUCCCCAGAACAUGGACGUCGAUCAGGGGGCUCGGAGGGGACUCAACUGGGUCCUGACGCUGCAGGGCAACGGCCGCCGGGCACACUGCCACACCUGUAAGGAGGAGUUUGCGCUUGGCGAGCCGCGUCUGCAGACACAAGGGGCCUCCCGAUUAUGCCACUGGCACUGCGCGGGGAAGCGUUGGCGACCCACGGCCACGCUGGAAGGCUCCCGUACCACCCCGCAAGCUGAGGUUGAUCGUGUACGCGAGUUGCUGGGGGAGGCUUCUAUGCAGCAAGACGGGGAGGACAUCUUCCAAGCGGAAGGCGCCCAGGUCGGUCCAGUGGGCCCUGGACCCGCGCUGCACGAUCCAGAAGACCCCCUUGGUGCAUCCCAGCUCCUGCACAUGGCGUGGUGGGACACAGUGGACGUGCCAAACAGUCUCGGACACAUGGUCGCCACCACGCGCCGCGUCCCAGCUGGACUGCAAGCUGCUUGGGCCGAGGCCCUGGGUAAAGCUCUGAGGGAGAGUGUGGGUGGGCAGACCGCCCAGGACCGGGAGCGUGCUUGGAAACUUGUCAUGUUCGCACCUCUUAUAAUAUUUGUUGCCACUGGAGCCCGGGGUGGGCGCGGGGCCAAUGGCAAAAGGGCCAAACACAUCAAGAAUGACAUUGUUGAGCGCCUGCAUGCAUUUUGGCGCGGGGAGUGGCAAGAGCUGUGGGAAGCCGCUCACAGGCGUGAGUUGCGAGUGGGCGCUGCUACUGCCGUGGACGUGACGAGCAGGGUCCGCCGCGUCAACACGCUACUCGAAGACGGGCAGGCGGCAGGGGCAGUGGCAACGCUCCGGAGGUCCGGCCAGACAGCUGCCGGCCCAGGCGUCCACGAUCGGCUCCGCGCUCUCUUCCCCGAGGCUGACACUUGGGACGCGGCGCAGGACGACGCGACGGCGACUCCGCUCGCAGCGGAGACUCGUCAGCAGCUCGGGGACGCCAUCGCCGCAGCCUUCAGGAAGGCCAAGGGCGGCCGCGCGCCAGGUCUGGACAGCAGCCGCAAUGAGCAUUGGCGCGUGCUGGCUGCCGACACCGAAGCGGUCGACGCGUUGGUGGAGGCCGCCCUGGCCUGGGUGGAGGGCUCCGCGCCGCCAGUCGUGGACGAGUGGCUGCGCACAGGGGCCAUCGCGGCGCUCCACAAAGCCAGCGGCGGCGUCCGCCCGCUCACGGUCCUUGCGCCAUUCCGCCGGAUCGUCCUGACCGGGUUCGUGGACCACACCAAGGCCGCCACGCGGGCCGCGGCAGGCUCGUGCCAGUAUGGUCUUGGGGUGCCUGGCGGCGCAGAUGUUCAGUUCAAGGCGCUGCAAGCAGCUGUGCGCGAUAGGCCGGGCAGCGUGCUGGUGGCGUUGGACGUGUCCAACGCGUUCGGCACGCUUGCGCGCUGGGGAACUGCGCCAGGCCUGUGGCGCGACGGCACUGGUGACACGCGUGGGCUGCGCACCGGCGCCGGGGUGCCACAGGGGUGCCCGCUGAGCCCGGCAGCGUUUGCGGCCGCAUUGCACCAACUGGCGCUACAGCACUUCUCUGCCAGACCGCAGUGGCUCGUCACCGCCUACCUGGACGACGUCGUUGCCGUGGUGCCGAGCGCAGAGGCAGAAGAGUACCUGCGACAGUUGUCUGGGCUGCUGGGCCCUGGCGGUCUUGUGCUGGACCCAAGCAAGACGAAGAAGGUGCGGCUGCCCCCUGGCGCUGCGCACUGCCCACCCUCCCUCCGGCAGUACGUGAAGGGCGAGCUCCAGGUGGUGGGCUGCAGUCUGACGCGCCGACAGGACGACGACUGGGGCGCCCUGGCCGCGGGAGCUGGAGGCGGGGCGCGCGCCAUGGGCGCCGCCACCGAGACGCUCCGGGCUUUCGGGCAGACGCUCCGGGAGGCGAGGGCCGCAGGACUGGGGCCACAAGAGGCAACGGCGAUGCUGAGGUGGACAGCCCAAGGCGUACCGAACCACCUCCUUCGCGCGCACCUGCCGGACCUGGUGGCCGUCCGGGCCUAUGACACGGUGCUUCGCGGCCUCUGGAAUGACGCCCUGGGCGUUGACAUGUCCGAUCGGGAGUGGGCGCAGUCCUGUUUGCCCCUCCGGGAUGGCGGUCUCGCGGCCGGCGCGGCCGAGCCUCGGCGGGAGGCGGCGCACAUCGCCGCGUGGCUCGACGCCGCCCCGCGGGUUGCGGCGGCGCUUGGGGCCCCCAGCGCCGAGGCUCUCCUCGCCGCGCGCGCUGCGGGCGCGCAGGGAUUUGAAGCCGCUGUGGCGACGUACAACGCUUCGGUCGGCGCUGCCCACUGCCUACAGACGUCGCUGGCCCAGGGAGAGCGCCACCGACAGAAGGACCCGGUGGGCCCGCGGAUGGAAGUGAUCGCAGGCGUCGCCAAAGCUGGCCUGGACCACCGCGAGCGCGGCCGCCUGCUGUCGCGGGGGGCCCGGGCGCUG